AUGUCAUCAAGAAGGUUACCUUCAGCUAAAUCUCCCGUCUUCUUCAAGAUCUUCUUGCUUGCGCUUCUCGGGUUCGUGUCGCUGCUAGUUGGCUGUAAAGGAGUAGAAUACAGUUCUCCUACUCUUUCCUCUGCUAUCGGCACCCUCACGCCGGCUUUUACCUUCAUUCUCGCCGUUAUCUUCAGGAUAGAGAAAGUAGUGUUAAGGAGCUCCGCGACUCAGGCUAAAAUCAUUGGCACGAUAGUAUCUAUAUCCGGUGCUCUUGUUGUUGUUCUUUAUAAAGGCCCAAAGGUUCUCGAUGCUGCAUCUUCAUCAUCUACCAUUUCGCUUUACCAGCAAUUGACUUCGUCGGAUUCAAGUUGGAUUCUCGGAGGCGUUUUACUCGUUUCAGAGUAUUUGCUUAUAUCAGUCUGGUACAUUCUUCAGACUCAGGUCAUGGAGAUGUACCCUGAAGAAACAACCGUAGUCUUCUUGUACAGCUUAUGCGCAACACUAAUCUCAGCGCCCGUAUGUCUAUAUGCGGAAAAGGACUUGGCUUCUUUCUUUCUUAAACCGGAUAUCUCCCUCGCUUCAGUCAUGUACACGGGAGGCUUAGUCUCAUCAUUCGGAUCAGUUAUACACACAUGGGGUCUACAUCUGAAAGGUCCAGUUUACAUAUCCUUGUUCAAGCCACUGUCUAUUGUAAUUGCGGUCGCUAUGGGUGCUAUAUUCCUUGGCGAUGCACUUCACAUUGGGAGUGUGAUCGGAUCAGUGAUUUUGAGCUUAGGAUUCUACACAGUGAUUUGGGGUAAAGCAAGAGAGGAUGCAACCAAAACUCUGGCUAGCUCUGAGCAGUCACCUUUGCUGCUUACACACACCAUAGAAGAUGAAGCCUCAUCAUUAAUAUGUGACUGA